AUGGCCACAGACAACGGGGAUAAUGUACCACUUAAACAGUUGAAGAGAAAGAGCGGUGUUCUUGGUAGCCUAUCUUCCUUCGUUAAGAAUAAACGAACAUCACAAAAAGUAAACGAAUCGCAACAUGAGAGCAUCAGAGAUAUUACAAUACCAACACAAAAGGACAGCUCUCAAAUCAGCCGGCAGCGACCAUCUGAGCUUCCUAGAUCAACAAUUUCCAAUAGAAUUAUUCCUUCUCAGGCCUCACAAUCAGUGUCAAUGGUUCUUGCAGAUGAGUCAUCUGAAGAAAUUGAGGAUGAAAAUGAUGACAAAGACGAGCAUUUUGGUCUCAGCAGUCCCGAACAAGAAAGGACAGUAUUAUCGCCCAGGUUCGGAGUGAAUCAGCCAGAUUUUGGCAGUCUUGACAAAGUAGAUGAAGAGUCCGAUCCCAUAGAAAACUCGAAAGAUUUGUAUCAAUUUGGUAAUUCACGUGAGGAUGUUGAGGAAGCAGAGCAAGAGGAUGAUCUAGAAUCACCUACCAUGCCAUCUAAGUUGAAUAUGAAUAGUGCGCGAGAUCCCGAACCAGCUACAUUUCAUGACGUUCAUAGCAGUCCGCAUUUAGAAGAAGCCCCGUUUGUGGACGAUUACGACGAUAUGAGUGAUCAGGAGCAGGACGGAACAAAGGAGAGCGAAACAGGAAGGGCAACGGAAGUUUUUGAGGAGGAGAGAUCAGAAGAGGAGCAUGAGGAAUAUGAUGAACAUGAUGAACAAAGCGAAGUAACGAUAACGGAAAGCUCCAUAAAGACAAAGCCUGUUAGACCAUCUCAAGCAUAUUCCUUUAUUGAUACAGAUGAAGAGGAUGACGAUGAACCUGAUCCGGAAGUUGAAUACAGUCAGUAUGUUCCCUCACAAAUAUACGACGAUGAUGACGAAGACGACGAUGAGGAAACCACAUUUGCAAAUGACCCCGUAACACCAGCUAGAGAGACAGGACUACGUAGAUCAGCUCGUAUGAAACUAGCUCCGCUGAAGUUCUGGAAAAACGAACGAAUUCUAUUCAAUUAUGAUCGGGAAGCUGACGCACCAAAAAUAAAGGAAGUUUAUUAUGCACCGACUCCAGAAGUUAAGAAGAGAAAAGUUAGACGCAAGAAAAAAGUUGAGCCUGCCAAACCAGAGGUUCUUGAGAAUGUAACCGAACAUGAACAACACCCGCAACCUAACCCCAUAGAAGAACUAGGUGAAGCGAUAGAAGGUCAACCGUUUUCUGUUGAAAUUGAAGUAACUGACUAUGUUGAGAAUGUCAAAUCAAGUCGAAUUGUUGCUUGGUCUGAGAAGGGUCCAAGUUUCACCCAAUUACCCCAAGCCAGCUAUAGUUUCGCCACCCUUUUCGACAGGGAUAGUGCUUUUGCUGCUGGAGGAUUCAUGUCGAUUGCUGUUGACGGAAUGAAACCAAUGAAGGCGUCAAAGUACAAUCUGUAUAUGUUCUAUGUCGUCAGCGGGGCAGUUGAAGUGACAAUUGCCGAGUCGGUACUUAGACUUGGAAAGGGAAGUGCGUUUGAAAUUCCGCGAGGCACCCGUUACUCUAUCUCCAAUAUUUCAAAGACAGAAGUCAAGCUGUUCUUCUUCCAAGGAACUGACACGUUAGAGAAUCACACUCGAGGUACAGCUUGA